AUGGGCAUGCGCAUAUCGCAAAGGGCAUCUGCGGCCCACCUGGAAUCUCCUCCGUUUGAGCACUUCAUACACUGCCGCGACUCUCAUCUGGUAAUGCACACGGAAUGCUACAGCAAGCAGACCUCUCAACUCUACGCGGAGGACGCGAAGACAGGCAGAAGGGACUCUAUCAGGGACAAUUACUGGAUGAUCUAUAUGGACGAGAAGGUCAAAGCUGAAAUGCGCUCCAUAGCACAGUGGGUGAUCGCGCAGCGCUCGCUUAGUCCCGCAGAUAUGAUGGGAAUACUAGUCGACUGGUCAGCGAACAGACAACGCGUAAUGAUAAACCUCGAGAUAAUGAAUGAAUUCGACAAAGCACACAAGAACGCAUCUCGGGAGGGAACAAGCAGAUGA